AGUGGUCAUCCAAUUCUAGACGCGUGAGCAUCUCACGAAGGCGUCCAAAAGUCGACGCACCUCCCCCCCUAAAAUCCUCCCCAACCGACAAGGAGCAAUGUAGUGGGUGUACUAAAGUGUAAUUAUCUCUCCUAAUUCUCUAUUUAUCCACCCCCAUCCAUCCCCAAUUCACUGUACUGAUCUGUAAUUAUCAACCCUUUGUGUACCACCGCAGAGAAAUUGUUCGGAGGAAGAAUUUUUUCAUUUCUUUUUGAAAAGGAGAAAAAUCAAAGAUCAUGGCUUUUGUGAGGAAUACCCUGAAGACAUUCUUUAAGCGUCAACCCCUCCUGGCCAAUUCUCUCAUCUACGGGUCCUUGUAUGUUGGUGCUGAAUUUUCACAGCAAUGGGUUACGCGGAAGAUUUUUACAAAACCUCCUGAGCCCAUUGACACCCCAGCAUUGGGCAGGUAUGCUGUGAUGGGAACGUGCAUUUACUCCCCCAUAAUGUAUGCGUGGUACAAGUGGCUGGACAGGAAGUACGUGGGCACGGCAUUGCGGAUUUUGGCGCCAAAACUCUUCCUGGAUCAAUUUGUCCUCACACCCGUCCUCCUGACCACCUUCUUUACGGGUAUGUCCGCCAUGGAGGGGGCUGAGGAUAAAUUUGCGGAAUGUCGUCAGAAAUUCCUCCCAACAUUCGUGCGUUCGUGCCUCUUCUGGCUGCCCGUGCAGACGCUCAACUUCACCUUUGUCCCACCAGCUUUUAGGAUAACCUACAUGGGGGUGUGUGCCUUUGCCUGGGUCAACAUCCUGUGCUGGGUGAAGCGUCAAGAUGUCACUCCAGCCACACAGAUGUCAUCCAUUGAGCCAAAUUGAGUGCCUUUUGCCCCGAUUUUUUAAUGCGGGGAAAUUUUUUGAUUCUCUUAAAAAAAGAAAUCUCUUCUAGAAGAAAAAUUUAAAGCUUUUUGGACGUAGUCCUACCACACAGAGGCCUAUCUCACAGAGUUCUAAGAAUUUUACCAAAAUAAAAUAACCAGCACGUUAGUUAACAAUUUUGAGCACAUUUUUCUCUUAAAAUAAGUAGGUAAAGAAAAUAUUAAAUUUUAUGCACAGAAAAUUUAAAUAUUUUCUACUCAAAUGAAUUUUAUCUUCACGCAACAGCUAAAUUAAAGGAUUUUCCUGAGAUUUAAGAGGAAGAAGAGCUUAAUAAGAAAUAUAGGAAAAGCUAGAAAACCUUUAAAAAUUUGGAAAUUUUUCUCUUGAAUAUUUUCAAAAAGAAACUUUAAUAAAAAAUAAAAUUAACAUCUUAAAAUUGUAUAUUAAAUGUAGCCAAAUAAAUAUUUGUUAUUAAUUUGAUAUAAA